AUGGCCGGCCACUGUCAUGAUUCAUAUCUCAUACGUGAAACUUGUAUGGUGCUAAGCGCCAUCAAGAGAUUGACCAAGAAGGAAAAAUUUGCAAAAGAGAUGAAAAGAGAAAGGAUUUGGAGUAGUGGGAGAUAUGCAUUUCGCAAGUGGAUGAAGUGGUCUGUGUCCAAAGCGUUAUGCUCUAGUCACAUACAAGAAAAGUAA